AUGGUCUUCAAGAUCUUGGAUAUCCAGAAAGAUUGGGAGCAAGUCCCCUAUGUCAAGAAGCCCCGCCAACUUUUCAUUACGAGAUUCCCGGUGCUUGCCGCCAAAGUUGAAGAGUUCUUCACUGGCUUGGUGGAAUCUUUGGCAUUGGCGGGACGUACCCAGGAUGAACUACAGAAUUUAAGGUCUCAAACUCAAAGUGCUGAACAACAUCCACGAAUGAUUGACCCCCUAAAUGCUCUGAAUUACCGUCCUGGGACGCCACAGAAGUUUAGCGAGCUCAGUGAUCAUGAUUUUCCACUAUUUAUCACAUUCGACCAGGCAGGUAGUCUUUUGCUGAAUGAUAUUCAAGUCGACUACUCGAAAGGAUGUGAUUGUCUCAUCGACUCAGAAGAAUGUGAUCGUCUCACCAACUCAAAAGAAUAUGGUCGCCUCAAGUUCAUACUUGAUAAGGUGGUAAACGACGAGUCUUCGUUCAUAACGUAUGAGAUCUUUAGGGUGCAGUACUGGCCCCGACUAUGCGACACUUACCGAAGUUCAUUGUCACGACAUUUCGGACCGUGGCUUGUCUUUGGUGAAUUUAUGGGUGUUAUCAAAGGAUCCGAGAUUGCUUUCCAUAGUCCCAAUGGAAUCCUGGAUCGACAAACAUACGUGAAUCUCACCGCUCGUGCUUACCCUGUGUUUGCAGAAGACAGGGAUCUACUGUACAGCGCCUUUGAAUUAUAUUCCGAAUUGAAGCGUGAACAAUACAAUUACGACAUGGCCGACAGGACGUAUGCGAUUUUGAAAGCGCUAUCGUGCAAGUGCGACACUUGGCGCAAAACUUGGUGCAAUGCCUUGAAAGAACACCUCGUGGACUACCUGUACGUUGAUGAAGUGCAGGAUAACUUGAUCAUCGACACUAUUUUCUUGAGAAGCCUCUGCAGGAAUGCAGAAGGGCUGUUCUGGGCUGGCGACACGGCUCAGACUAUAUCAGCCGGGUCCAGUUUUCGAUUUGCAGACCUGAAAGCGUCCAUUCAUUGCGCUGAGGCAGAAGGGAGGCUGGGAAUUCAAAAGUCUUGCUCAAAACCUGAGAUGUUCGAGCUUGCCAUUAACUAUCGCUCGCAUAGUGGCAUCGUCAACUGUGCACAGUCAGUUGUGAAACUCAUAACUCACUUUUGGCCAGAGUCAAUCGACGUGCUAAAACCUGAACGAGCCAUGCUCGGUGGCCCAAAGCCUGUCUUUUUCGUGGGGUGGCAGGAUGAAAUCUUCCCAUAUGACUCGUUCUUCUCUGGCCUUAAGGGUAAUUGGGAGCUCGGUGCAGAACAAUUUACCGCACGCGAGCAGAUCAAGGAACGAUUUGGAGAUAUAGCCACCAUCCUCACUCUCCAAGGCAGCAAGGGCCUGGAGUUUGACGAUGUAUUCCUCUACAACUUCUUUGAGAACUCUAGUGCCACGCUCGCCCAGUGGUAUUCUUUGUUACGCGAUGUGAGCAGAAGUCCACAUUCUGCCUUGUGUACCGAAUUGAAGAAUCUCUAUGUGGGUAUCACCCGGGCCCGGAAGAGAUUAUACAUCUUGGACCAUUCCCAAAAAUGUGUACCAAUGAGGGUGCUCUGGUCGAAGGAGGACCUUAUCGACAUCGCACCUCCGGGGGCCAAUAUACGCCAGUACGCUCACAAUUCAACCACAGAGCAGUGGGCUGCAUCUGGAUAUAAACUAUUCAACGCUGGACAAUUCCAACAAGCCAUUCGUUGCUUCGAACGCGGGAACCGGCCUGAGCAACUCCAGAUAGCCCGUGCAUACCAACUGCGUGAGAACGCAGUGUUGACCUUUCGGGCUGGUGAACGCCAGAAGGCGUUUCUUACCGCAGCGGAAGCGUUUGUCCGGUGUGCGGAUGAUGCUCUUGGCACCCGAAAAUUGGGCUUUUAUGGUCAUGCAGCGAAGUGCUAUGCAUCGGCUAAUGAUUUCCUCAAAGCAGCGAAACUUUACACCGAUGCUAAUGAUUUUGCUGGAGCUGCCAUGCAAUAUCACAAAGCUGGCCGCUUCGAUGAGAUAGCGCAAAUUCUCUAUCACCAUCACGAGAAAAUCAGUGCGAGCUACAGAGACGAGUUACUUUUUAUAUGCGUUGUGCACUACUAUCAUCGCAAUAGGCUUAGGCCACCUGUCCCCUUGUUCUCUUCAACAGACGAAGUGUUGAAAUACCUGGAAGGAAAAGGUCUACAUAAGGCCCGCAUGGAUCUCUUGGAAUCGUACAAGAGGUUUUUCGAGGUGGCCGAGCUUCAGCUUAGCCAUGGACGGUUAUGUGAUGCCAUCCAAACCCUCCUCGAACAUCAAGACAACCCCUGUGCAGUGCAGCGCGCCGUUAACAUUGCACUGGGCACUCUAUGGCGGGCGUGUUCCUUUGAUACUCCGGUCCAGGAGAUCUUGCAAAACAAGGGAUCCGACGCUCAUCGGGUUUUGAAUUGUAUACAAAGCGUCUCCCUUGAACACGUGAAGAUCUCAGAUAGCGGACAAAUCCGGUUUUUCCGUGCCGUCCAGAAAUCCCCGUCUGCUGAGGAGGUUUAUCAACUAGGAGAGGAAUUCUCCGAUCGAGGAGAACAUGCCUUGGCACUCAUGGCAUUCGACGUCUUCUAUUCACGGAUGCCCACCCUUCACUCCGUACAUCCUUCAAAAUUUGAUACCUUCCUCAAACGCUUCGAAAAAUAUGUUCGCCUUCUAGCGUCUGUUAUCUCUGACGAGACACCUUUCCGGGCUACUGACCCCCAAGUGAGGAAAGUCUUCGGUAUCGUUCCAUUAUCCGAUUACAACUACUCCAUUACGGGCGGCACGUUCCUCCACAGAAGGUUCACAGAAAAUCGAUACCUGGCUGCAGAAAUUAACCGCCUGUUGAAAGUCCACUUGAAAGCACACCUACGCAAAAAAGUCCUGGAGGAGUAUGAUAUAUCCUGUCUCUCUCAGGCUUUUUCUACCCAGUGCCCAUACUUCGUUCUGCACCGCCGUCGUUGCCAGCAGAAACACUGUAACCGACACCAUGUGCCGAUGAUGUCGUUGGAUGCAGCGUUGUACAAUAUGAAGGUCAACGUUCAUCUCCAACAAAUACGCAUUUUGGACUUGAUGUUUUCUGCUGUGGGAGAUGAUGAAGACUGGUUAGUAAGCAUGGUAGCCGCAUUGCGCCGUUUGUAUGCGGCGAUAUGCCCCCCCAUUUACAUCGAAGGUUCCAUUGCCGAUCUCGACUGGAACGCCAUCCGUAAUACCACGGGAUGCGGCCGCGUUGUCCAGAAAUGGAUUCCAAAAACAGUCGAAUACCUGAAACCCACUGUCAAUCGGGUGAAUGACAUCGGGUACUUGAUGAGUAUCAUCCGUGUUACUUGUUUGCAUAGAGCGUUUGGUGGAACGUGUCACCUGCAGAAAUAUGUCUCACGCGAAAGCUGCCGCAUUCCUUAUGAACCGGCCUUAACGGAGGAAAAUAAUGUGUCGGCAGAUGUAGUUGCGUCCCUUACCGAGUUGGAUCCAACCCGCGGAGUGCGAGCUCUUUGGUUCCUGUUACUGAAUGGCGUUGGUAUGGAUUUGUCGGUUGUAUGCAACUUUGCAGAGGAAAUCUGUAGUACAUUCAUCUCAUCACUACGUCCCUCUGGAGGUCCUUCCCCACUCCACGAUCUCGUCGUUCCACGAAGAUGGAUAAUGAAUCCGAGCAAGCCCACGGUUCACAGAAAUACAAUUCUGCACUUCCUAAACUAUGUGCGGCGUCUAAUGAAUAUCCUCCGUUCCGGAAGGGCUCGUACGAAAUUUGACUUGCUUUCAAGUGAAGAGUCAUUCGUGGAUGUCAUGGUAACUCAAAUGUGCCGCAUGCUCUACAUUUUGGGGUACAACGUGCGUGACGUAGGACUUAGCAAAGCGAUCGCGGAGAUUCUAUUGCUGCCAUCUCUCGAAGUGGACAAUACGCGCGAACUAUCACCACAGAUCCAACGGCACUUUGCCAACCAGCGCCUGCAGUACCUGGAGACAAUCCGGGCAUUAGAUACUGGAUCUCCUAUCCGGGAUCUAAUUCAUCUUGUGCACAAGGAUGGCCGUAAUCCCAACCCCCCAGUCCCCGCAUGGAUUCCACGGCUCGUCUUUAAGCACGUUGGGGACAUUUCUCGCCAAAUGAACCGGGAUCAAGUCUUUUGAUUGGUAAUGGACGAGUGUAGGUUAUGGUCAGGGUGACUGAUUUUGAGACGAGAAGUAUAUUGUAUGUACCAUCGUCCUGCGAGGUGGAAUAUCUUUUUUGUACAACAUGAGGUGUCGGUACUGUGUACAGAUACUGCGCUACGGAACACCGAUAUUGAGGCGAGUCUCCAGCCCUUCGGUAUCAUCAAAGGCAG